AAAAUACGAACAAAAUUAAUCGUAAUGGACACCCAACUGUCAGUUGGAAGCAAACAGCUUCUCUCAUACAGAGAGGAACUUGUCAACAGUCAACUAAUGUUUUCCAAAAAUGUAGAUUUGGAUAACGUACCGUUAUAUAGACACUAUUUUCAGUACAAAGAUAACAUGAGGCGCUCGAGAUUGUAUCAAAUGAUUCGACGUAUGCCGAAGGGAGCCGCGUUGCACGUACACGGCUCGCUGAUGCUAGAUCCCGAGGACUUGUUAAAGUUAACUUACGAGGAGUACUUGUACAUUUGUCUUCAUUUAAGCCAUUUAAAAUUUUACUUCUCCCGUACCACCCCGAAGAAACCCUGCCCUGUUGCGUGGAAACUCGUCGAAGAUAUCAGAAUGAAUCACUCAAAUGUUUCAGAAUUUGACAGGAUGCUAAAAGAGCGUUUAACUUUAGGCCCCGAGGAUGGUUUAAACCUUGAUUCUGACGAAAAUGAAGCGUGGAAGCUAUUCGGACGAACUAUGGCUUCGAUCCUUUCUUUGAUAGAAUACCGACCUAUACGCGAGAAGUACAUUUAUAAAUCGUUGCAGAACCUAUAUGAUGACAACGUCAUGUACGUCGAGAUUAGAAUUAAUCUCUUCCCUUUAUAUGAACUAAACGGUACAGUUCAUGACAGAAUGUACAUGGCGUCGCUGCAUAAUAACGUAGCGAGGAAAUUCAUGGAGGUGAACCCUGACUUUGCCGGUUUGAAGAUUAUUCUUUCUCCUAGUAGAAAACUUAGUACCGAAGAUAUGCAAUAUGAAGUAAACCAAGCUCUUACAGCGAAACAGACGCUGCCUGAUGCCAUUGUUGGUUUUGAUCUAGUCGGCCACGAAGAUGGAGGUAGAUCCCUAAAGGAGUUCCUACCAAUUCUGUUACAAGCGAAAAAUGGAAUAGAUUACUAUUUUCACGCCGGUGAGACUAACCAGCACGGUACAUCGACGGAUGAGAAUUUAUUCGACGCCAUAUUGUUGGGAACGAAAAGGAUAGGUCACGCUAAUGCUCUGAUCAAGCAUCCUGUUCUUAUUAAAACCGUACACCGUAAUGACAUAGCUGUGGAAGUGAACGUGAUAUCGAACUCAGUGUUAUCGUUGGUGAAGGAUAUCCGUAGUCAUCCGCUAGCGACAUAUUUGUCGCUGGGACUCCCCGUCGUGUUAUCGAGUGACGACCCCGGCGUGUGGGGCGCGCGGCCUCUGACCGACGACUUCUACGUCGCCUUCACGGCUGUCGCCAGCAAACACCACGACCUGCGACUGCUGAAGCAACUGGCGAUUAACUCUAUAAGAUACAGCGCUUUAGAUGAUAGAGGAAAGAAGAAAUUGUUUAGAACUUUUGAGAAGAAGUGGUUAGAGUUUGUAAACGUUGUUAUUGAAGAAUAUGACAUGUGUGAAUUUUGUUGAAUGUGUUGUUUUAGUUUAGUUUAUCUGUUUAUAUUAUAUUUUAUAUUAAAUAUUAUAUUCUCUCGUAAUAAGUACUUGAUUAUAACAAAAGUUGUUUAGUACAACAAGUAUUUUUCGAACGGGACAGGCUAU